AUGUAUAUACACUUGGCGAUCGUUCUUUUACUUCAUCAGAUUGUUUAUAUCUUGCAGGGAGUAAGAUGUGUAACUGCUUCUAAUGGGUACAUGCCUGAAGUAAAUCCUGUGUGUCCUUGUGAAAAAGGCGAACGUGGUGAGAAAGGUUAUCCAGGUGUUUGUACGAUAGGUUAUUGUGGCUAUCGAUAUAAUAUAUAUACAAGAGAUUGUCUGUCUUCUCGAAUCAAUGUAGAACGUUUAGCUCUUUCUAUCCGGCAAUUAAUAACUGAUACAAAGAUUGUUUAUCAAAGAGCACGAGCAAAUUCUUGUGUUUGUCAAACAACAUCAUCUCCAUCUGUUGUAUCAAAUCCUUAUCAUUUUGAUUAUCAGAUAUAUGCACGAUUGAAAGGAGAUAAAGGUGAUGCAGGCCAAUCUUGUCCAUUGAACUGUAUGCAAUCUACACAGACAAGUGUACGAGUGUUUCCUACGAAGGAAGCGGCAAUAGAAAAAUUAUCAACCUAUUCUGACCAUACAUACGUGCAUAUUGUGGAUGAGUUUGGAUACUUACAGAAUGUGUUCGUGCGAGUUCAGGGAAGACUGAUACCGAUAGUUUUGGGAAAUACAGAGCCCUCUUCAGUUCAUGACCAAAAUUUACCUGCUAAAAAAUCGCAAUGUACGAUUCCAUUGCCCUGUCCAACAUUACAUAUCUUCGCAUUGGGUCCCUAUGCACGAAAAAUGUGCAGUCCAAAACGACCAACAAUGUGCUCGAAACUAUCAGAAUAUGAUGAUCUAUGUGCACGUGUUUCGAAACGACAUCAACUGAAAGGUUUUUAUCGAGCAUUCAUAUCGACCAGCACACAAUGGUUAGCAAACCUGUUCGAUGGAGUUUGUUUGGAUGCUAAAAUUAUGAACAUGCAAGAACAAGUUCUGUUUGACUCAUUCGAAGACAUCUUUGAGCAAAAACCACUACAACAUGACAUCCUGGAUGUACAGGGAUUGAAACCUCAAUUUCAAUACUGGUGGCAUGGCAGUCUUCCAAAUGGUACUGCAUCAAGUGACACUUGUAAUUCUUUGCAAUACCUAUUUUUAAGUGGCCAUCUACCUAUGAUUUAUACGUAUAUUUAG